AUGAUGUCUAAGAUUUGCCAACCUACAAUUACCAAUUUGGCUGUUGGAGUGGAUACAGAAAUAGAGAUGAUCACUGUUCAGCCUGUUGUGUAUACUAGCCUCAGAGACCUCUUGCCCUGCUUGAUGCAGGCGACGACCAGCCGAAAAGGUAGCUGGCGUGAAAUUCCGAUCAAAGACCCACUUGUUCAGCAUGCUGCUUGGGCUUAUCUCCAGCCGAUGAUGACGGCGCGUGAGGUCGAUGAUCGGAGUUCUUCUGUGAGGUUGAAGAGUAAGUGUUGUCGGCUGUUGGAGUGCUUCGGAGAGUUCUUUGACGACGUCGUAGUGCCGACAAUUAAAGGGUGGUUUAGUAAUGGAGGUACAGAGAGUGAAGAUGGUAGUGGUGGUAGAUGA